AUGUUGCCGCCGCCGCCGCGAUGUGUGAGUCGCACGGAAGUGACGCUCGUGAUGGAGAUUCCCAUCGUGCAACCUGGAUACGAAUAUCAGUUCCAGUACAAGCAGCCACAUGAAGACUGGGGAUCUAGCGCGGUGCUUCCCGUGACGUCGUCCACGGGCGUGCUCGACGAACUGAAUCCGUCGUGUUCGUACCAUAUUCGUGUCGGGGCGAAGGCAACGGGUGCGCCAGACAGCGAGUGGAUCUACAGCGAGGAAGUGGCUGUGGACACGGAGGUCCCUGGAUGCACGCCUACCCCGACCUGCUGUUCGUCGUGUUCAAUUCAAUAA